CCCCCCCCCCCCCCAACACUCGACAUCGUGGGGUGGUUAGUAUAAUUAAUAACAGCAUCCAGAAGCACAAUAAGCUACAGCGUAAGUGCGUUGGGCGCUUGGAGAGCUUAAAAAACGCGUGGAAAUUGACGACGGCAAUAACAAUAAUACAAUAUUAUUCAGUGGAUGUCGGUCAGCCAGGUUUCUCUCCUACUGUGUUAUUGUGUUGAGUGUGUGGGUGCGUAUGAUUGUAUCUGGUCAGAGCGCGCGGUGCGACUCCAUGCAACGAAACAUCGGCUGGGGCGGUGGCAUCGUAAUAGAAGGCGAAUCGCCGAUGGACGAUAGCUUCCCCGUUUAGCCACAAUUGACGACACGUUGUCGGCAGCGUUGUGUUAUUGCUUUUGUAGUAGUUGUUUUCGUUGACAGGAUCUUGACAUCGAGUGCAAAAGGAACGAGACAAAGACAAAGAAAAUGACAUUCAAUUAAGUAGUGUGCGUCAAACGCGAGACACAGAGAAAAGACGAGCCUGACUUAGAAAUCGUUCAGCCCGAACGCGCUAACUCGAGACUGGCACUAGUUUGGAGAUGGUAGGACAAUGGCGUGCGCCUAUUUGUGGCUGACCACCAACUAAUUCAAACCGGAACACUGCUUCUCUUCUACAAGCAGAUAGGAUAAUAGUCACAGCCAUAUGCGAAGACCGACGCGAAGUUCAACACACGAAUCCGUUUGAAGCAGAUAUCGCUCUUACCAAUGGCUACGUUCUCGUCUGUCACCCUACACGUCUCCUACGCUACGCAGACAAAACGAAAGGCUCAGUUUUUAAGCUGAGUGCGAAAAUCGACGAUUACAGCAGUUAACAAUCAGCAGUGGCAGCAGCAGCAGCAGCAGCACAUACAUACGUAUGCGGCAUGAUGGGCUAGUAUUAAUUGGUCGCGAAACGCCUAUUUGAGGACGCGAGACGAGGCCGAAUAGGUAGAGAAAGAAACACAGCUGGCAUCGCAGUCUAUCGUGUAACGAUCAAUAUCUGCACAAUCAGACACGAGACCACCAGUCGCAAAUUGCGUUCGUUGCAGAAUCAGAAAUUAUUCUAUAGCUCGUUAGUCUGAGAAGCGGCUGCGAUUACGACAUUGCCUGUGGGCUUUGCUAUAUCAGCCGCCAGGUGAGAACGUGCGUGUCAGAGUGCGAAAGAGUCGUGUACAGGACCCGAGACGAGAAUUAUACAUGAUCGCACCGCACUAAACAACGACGACGACGACGACAACGAUUCGUGUUUGUGGUUAACAAGUCAGCCGUCGCUGGCAGCAGCGGCUGGAGAACCAUCACCUAGUACUCACAGUAGAGUAGUGCUGGUGUGUACGAAGCCACUAACAGCGCGCAUAGCGACCGCUUUUGCGACAGCAGCGACAACACGACAAUACCACCACAGCGUUGCCUCGAGAGUGGCCCCCUGCCCCAUUGCGGCCAUCAGGACGGCGCCGUCGCUGGCCACGACAACAACAACAACAACAUCGGAAGCUUAGCUCAAGCAACAGUAAUAACAGCAGCGGCUACAGAAGCUAAAGCAGGAACAGUUUCCAAGCUAAUCGUAUAGAACUUCUAGUCGUCGGCAGCGGCAGAUUGUAAUAGAAUAGUUUUAUAGCAGAAAACGUUCGGCAUAACGAGUGGAAUAGAAGGCGGCACGAAGUGCCUGGUGCAGUGCAGCCAUGGCCGCGCCACCCACACCAACGACGCGGUUCAGUGAUAACUAUGAACUUAAGGAGGAACUUGGAAAGGGAGCGUUUUCAAUAGUGAGACGAUGUGUUCAAAAGUCAACCGGUCUCGAGUUCGCGGCAAAAAUCAUCAAUACCAAGAAACUGUCAGCGCGGGAUUUUCAAAAGCUCGAACGAGAGGCGCGGAUAUGCCGCAAACUAAACCACCCAAACAUCGUCCGGUUACACGACAGUAUACAGGAAGAGGGGUACCACUACCUUAUCUUCGACCUGGUGACCGGGGGAGAGCUAUUUGAGGACAUAGUGGCGCGAGAGUACUACAGUGAGGCCGAUGCUUCCCACUGCAUACAGCAGAUUCUGGAAAGUGUCAACCAUUGCCACCAAAAUAACGUUGUCCACAGAGAUCUCAAACCAGAAAAUCUCCUCCUUGCCAGCAAAGCCAAGGGCGCUGCUGUGAAACUUGCCGACUUUGGUCUCGCGAUAGAGGUGCAAGGUGAACAGCAGGCCUGGUACGGUUUUGCCGGUACGCCGGGCUAUCUUUCACCUGAAGUACUCAAGAAGGACCCCUAUGGGAAGCCUGUUGAUAUUUGGGCCUGUGGUGUGAUUCUCUAUAUUCUGUUGGUCGGGUACCCGCCUUUCUGGGAUGAAGACCAACAUCGACUCUAUGCCCAGAUUAAGGCGGGAGCGUACGAUUACCCUUCGCCCGAGUGGGACACGGUGACACCAGAAGCUAAGAACCUCAUCAAUUCGAUGCUCACGGUCAAUCCGGCUAAGCGCAUUACAGCCGCCGAGGCCCUCAAACACCCCUGGAUCUGCCAGAGGGAGAGAGUGGCAUCGACCCUGCACCGACAGGAGACUGUCGAGUGCUUGAGGAAAUUCAACGCCAGGAGGAAGCUCAAGGGAGCUAUCCUCACUACGAUGCUGGCUACGAGAAACUUCUCAAGUCGAAGCAUUAUCACGAAAAAGGGGAGCCAGGUGAAAGAGUCAACAGACUCGGCUAGCACCACGAUUGAGGAAGACUCUGAAUGCGUCAAAGACGUGACCAGCCAUGGAUCCGCUCACAGCGGUCCAGAGAGAAGCAAAACUGUGAUCCAGUGCGAUCCCCAAGGCGCUGUAAUUCGCAACGGAGGUGUGGCCGCGAGCUCGAUGGGCUCCCCAGCCGUCCUCGACCCUCGCAAGCAGGAGGUGGUCAAGCUCACCGAGCAAUUAAUCGAAGCUAUCAACACGGGUGAUUUCGAGACCUACACAAAGCUGUGCGACUCCCAUAUGACGGCUUUCGAGCCCGAGGCAAUGGGUAACCUGAUUGAGGGAAUGGACUUCCAUAAGUUCCACUUCGAUGUAGCUGCCAAGCAGGCUAAGGCCGGAUGCAAUACUACCAUCCUCAAUCCGACGGUGCACAUGAUGAGCGAAGACGCCGCCUGCAUCGCCUAUGUUAGGUUGACACAAUACGUUGACAGCAGAACAGGACAAGCCCGUAGUAAGCAGACGGAAGAGACACGCCUGUGGCUUAAGAAAGACGGCAAAUGGCAGAACGUACAUACCCAUCGGUCGGCCAAUUCGCAUGCGUCGACUUCGUACUGUGAUUAGAAAUGGAUGGGCUGUACACAGCGAGGCCGCGGCUGGAGGAACAUAAAUAAAGCUGGCGAGAAUUGGCGGACAGGUACAUCGUCGUGUCAGGUAGUAACAGCCAGUAGCAGCAGCAUGAGCCGGUCGCUACUUAGUGCGGCCUCGUCACUGGCCUCGAUGAAAUGGCCAUUUAGCUCUCAGUCAACACUGGGCGAAACCGCACUGUCAACAAACAGAUUCGUUGCUUCACUACCAGACAGCAGCAGCAGCCGUAACAACAGCUUUAACGGCAACAACAACAGCAACAAUACUAUCAACAACGACGCCGGCGUCAGCAGUAGCCUCAGCAAAAAUUACAGCCCAGUAGUUGGUAUCGUCUUGCGUGUGAACAACAAUGAUGGCAUGGUUCAGCAACAGCAACAACAACAGUGUCAUCAACAGUCUUUAAGCGUUGACAGCACAAGCUGGUGCGGGAGGAGUACGCCUGGCGACGACAACACCGAACGUAUUAAUGGCCACGAAUCAUCACAGCUAAUAAUUCUGGAGGGCGAUUUUACCUUGAAAAAUGAGGACGCAUAUCCUAUUGUCACCGCGGACAACGAUAGAAGCGACAACGAUAACAACAAUAAGUCUUAUGUGACAACUGAGGGUUUCAGCAACAACAGUCACGAGCACACGCAUAAGAGCGGUCGUGAUGAGCUCGUUGCCAACAGCAUGAGCCUGACCAACAGAAUACUGCUUCCAACACCAGCGAUUGCUCGAGCCUUUAGCGGACUGGGGACGCAGGUCGGGCGUGCGUUGCCCAUUUCGAACAACCAUAAUAAUAUACCGGUCAUGAUGGCGGACACUGACGGGAUCGUUAAGCGCCUUCAGUGUGCCGAAAGCAGGCCUAUGCGCCUGGCCGGGUGCUACGACGAGACUCCAUUGCUGCUCCAAAUUCCCGUUAUUCGCUUCGAGACGACUGGCUUUGCGCCCCCUCAAGCUCGUCGAGCUGCGAUUAUGCGGCUAAUGAGCCGCAUGUCCGAUAACUCGGCGGUCGCUGGUUCUCAGGCUUACUGCUAUGCUCUGCUUUCUAUUACUACUCCUAAAAGUAAUGCUUAUUCUUCGUCUUCUUCUUCAAUGAGCACUACUAUUUCUACGAGUGAUACUGCUACGAAUAAUAAUACUUAUUCACCUUCUAUUGAAGCUACUACCACCAAUUUACCUUCCUUUUCUUCGUCGGUUACAACUAGAACGGCAACAACUAGAAUAUCUGCUAUUCCAACAGUUUCAACUUCGACAAUUUUAACUAUUACUAGUAGUACUGAUACUCCGACGUCAUCAACAGUAACGGAUACAACGCAAAGUGCAAUUCGCAAACGAGCAGCUUUUCGAGACACCUCGGAUCCUUCCGCCAAGCAGGCCAAGACGCUCUGAAUCUAAUGGGGCUAGGCAGCAGGCAAACAGGCAGACGCUCGCUAAGCCAUAUCAGGCCAAUUGCACCUGAAUGAUAAUAGUUUAUAAUGCUACGCGAGUACUUAAUAAUUAAAUGCAUACUACCAUACAUCUAUGACAAUGCACUAUCUAUUCUAACUACCUUACUCCACGACCUACAGCACUCUCAAGAGAACAGGAACGAAGAGAUGAAUUUAUAUUAUUAAACACAAGAGAUUUCAACUUACGAAGUUUAGAACUUACGCGCACGCGACAGAAAGAAGAAGACAAACAGUACAUAAGAGAGAAACAUAUUUCCACAAGUAUAUCGUACCGUAACCCUCGUCGUUUCGGUAGAACAGCAGCCCUAUGUAUGUAUUUACAUUGUAUCGUACUUAUGGUGAACAUUAAAGCAGGUUUGUUCACUUUCUAUGAGUAUUGCCAUAAGGAAGAGCGUAAACAAGAGAUUGUGGCAAACAACUACGAAAACAACAAGGCAGUGAAAAGCUAUGAGCCUUUUGCCAUGAUUGCAAAACCAUUUUAAUAAAAGCACACUACGCUGUUGCGUCGCACAAAACAGCUGUUGAAAAAAACAUUGAACAGAUGUCCGGCUGACAUCGAUACGAUAACAGAAAAACAGGGACACAGACGGAAGAACGGGCGGGCAGGCGGGCGGGCGGGCGAUCGGACAGAGGGAUGGAUGGAUGGAUGAACAGACAGGCCGAGGCAAAGAUGCGUUUACUGCCAGGCUUCGCUCGUUUAUUUGACUAGUGAAUAUGUAAGCUGUCGGCGGUACGUUAUCAUUUCGAGCGCUUGCCCCGAGCGUCGUCGGUCAAGCCACGCUGCCCACCAGCUGCCCACCGCUAACCCGCGCUAUAGCUCCUAGAAAUAAAACGCUGUUAAUGGUUUUGAUUUUCGUGAUGAUGAUAGAUUGAUUCAUUUGUAAUAAUGAUGACUUCGGAGGCGAAUUUGGAUUCUGAUAAUGUCCACGAAUUAUUCGUGAUUGAGAAUAACGGUUAAAGUUAACACCGAUGACUAUUAUAUGUUGAUAAUAGUAAUGCUAAUGCUAAUGAUUUAAUUUAUUGAUGUGAGUGAUGGCGUAAUCAAUGUGUUGAUGGACUGAUUGAUAAGUUGAUUAAUUGAUUUGUUGAACGAUGGAGUGAUCUAUUAAUGCAUAGAUUGAUUGAUUGCUCUGAAUUGAGAUAAUUUACUACGGUGACCUAAUGCUACUUCAGUUGUUGAUCAAUUGAUUGAUUUUGUUGUCCAGGCAGUCCCGCCGUAGCUUAACCUUUUAUACGACGAUUACUCAAAGAUAGUAGGUAAUAACAACUGACCCCAAUUACACUGACGCGGAACUAAAUGGUAUGAAUGUAUGGAAACAACGGUUAGCAGCGAAAGAAAACAAUAACAAUUGACUAUAUGAUAAUUAUUCUUAUUCUAAUUACUAGCAUACAAAAAUAUUGACGGCACUGGUAUUAACAUAAAAUGCGAUAUGAUAAUGAUGCUUGAUGAUGAUUCACCUAUAUAAAACUGGACGAGAUAAGCAAUGAUCUAGAAAAACGAUGAUUCUAAUGGAUGUGGGGUGGGGUGGGGUGGUAAAUGCAGGCGGAGGGCAUGAGUGACUAGAGCGUAAGCCGUAUGAUGCUGAUUGAUUAAUGGCCGAUCUUGUUCGACGAUGAGUCAUUUGGUAAAAGAUUCUGAAGAAGGCCGCCGAUAUAAACAGAAAAAGGCUAGAAACAUUAACAUAAAAGGACACAGAUAUACCUACGCAGACACACAUCUAUGCACACAACCAACUACAGAUACAGAGACGCGUUACUACCUAAUUAUUACCACUGACGGCAUGCUCAUUGGACACGCGAAGAGGAUCUAUAUAUAUAUCACAAGCACAGAAUUCGUUCAAUGUGACUUGCUUAUUCGUAUCAAUAUCUAUUAUUAUUAUAAAUAUCCAUAAUCGAUAUAUGCUGCCGAUAUGAAC